CCUCCAUCCAGUAGAUCUUCUUUUUCCUCUUCCUCCCACGGGACUUCUUAGCACCCACAGCAAUUAGUUCCACCCGAUCGACAAAGCUUGUCGUUCCUUAUCCGCGUGAUCGUGAUCCUUGAGAUAUCGAUCCAAUAUAAGAAAAACUCGGACGUCAUCAUAAGAUCAUAAAUCCCUCGAAUUAAGGAAGCCGACGAAGAUGCCUAAGAAACGACGUAUCUCCACGACCUCCCUCGAAGCCGAUGACGAGGAUUACGCUUCCGAGGACAAGUACAGCAAGGACGAAGUGGAGAGUAGAGCACCAAGGAAUGCAGCAAAUGCUAGAGAAAGAGCCAGGAUGCGUGUCCUGAGCAAAGCUUUCUGCCGAUUAAAAACAACUCUACCCUGGGUGCCAGCCGAUACGAAACUCAGCAAACUGGAUACGCUGCGACUUGCUGCCACGUACAUUGCUCAUCUACGUGCUGUACUCAGAGAUGACGUUGAUCCACAUUAUGAGAGUACAAAGUCCUUGUCUCUUGCACUGUCCUGGCCAUUCGCUAUUCAAGGAACUUCCAAUCCCAUGCUGCUGAACAAUGGUUGCAAUUCCUCUGGUUCUUCAUCAUCUCCAGAUCAGAAUCAAUAUCGCGGUCAGCAUAUACCUCACGAGACUCCAACUUCACAUCAUCAUCAUCAUCAUCAUCACUUUGGUCAUCAAAAUCUCUCAAUACGUCACAGUCACGAUUCGCAAAUUACAUAUUACUGAAGAGAUUCGAGAGAUCUAUAUACAUAAGUGACAGAAAAAAUUGUGUGAGUGCGAGCGAGAGAGAGAGAGAGAGAGAGAGAGAGAGAGAGAGAGAGAAAGGAAGUAAGAAAAAGAGAGCGAGAGAAAGAGAGAGACGGAGGACAUAUAUAUAUUAUAAUAACGCCAAAGUGCCAUUUUUUCCUAAAAGAGUUUAGACUUGAUAUAAUAUUUAUUCCAGUGGACAUUAUUUAUUAACGUAAUAUUCCUCUCGAUGAUCACUUAUGUGAUUUGUAUAACCAAAGCAUAACUGCAGCUAGUCGAAUAAAGGAUUUAUACACGGU